UGACAAUGACACUAAUGACAGACAGUGUAUACCGUUUGCAUGUUUGAGGUUCUACUUUAAUCGAAGAAAGGAUAAAGUGUUAAAACGCAACGAACUAAUAUACUGCCGUAUUUCUUUUCUAAAACUCUAGCAAUUUCCAGUAACAGCUUACCCAGUUAUUUUUCAAUAAAUAAAUAGUAUAGUGUUUUUAAAUGAAAUGGCUGUCUUAGCGGCUGCUCAACUCUUAGAUGAGUUGAUGGGUAGGAACCGAAAUGUGGCUCCAAAUGAAAAGGUCAAAGAACUGAAUUGGGAAGAUCCGGAAUACUGUAAAUACUUUUUGGCUAAGUUCUGUCCCCACGACUUAUUUGUAAAUACUCGAGUAGAUCUCGGCGCUUGUUGUAAAGUGCACGACGAAGAAGUCAGAAAAUUAUUUCAAAAAGCUAAAUCCACCUACCACAGGAAACUUCAGUACCAAGAAGAUUUUCUACGAUUCUGUAACUCGAUGAUGAACGAUGUAGAAAAGAAAAUUAUCAAGGGUAAACAGCGAUUAGCACUUAGCGCGAGCGGCAAAACUGAUAUGCCGAGUAUAUCUCCUGUUCAAACCCAAAAGAACCAGGAACAGAUUAAUAUGUUGAAUGAAAGAAUCAAUGACUUGGAGGCUGAAGCUGAACAAGCUGGGACUGAUGGUAAUGUGGAACAGGCUCAGGGUCUUAUGAAGCUGUGUGAUCAACUUAAAGAUGAAAGAGAUGGUCUGAGGAAACAAAUUGAAAAUGUUCACUAUAGUGCAACAGCAGAACUCGCUGCAGCCCAAGAAAAGCAAAUGGAAGUUUGCGAGGUCUGUGGGGCUUUUUUGAUCGUCGGAGACGCUCAGCAACGCAUUGAUGAUCAUCUAAUGGGCAAACAGCACAUGGGAUUUGCUCGUCUGAAAGCAGCCGUUGACGAAGUUAGCGAUCACGUUAAAGCCGUUAAAGAAAAACAAUAUGGCCGAGGAGGAUCAGUUACAGACGACAAACGUGAACGCGACAGAGACAAAGAGACCAGAAAAGAAAGGGACAUCGAGCGAUCUCGAUCGGAACACAGGGAGAAAGAAAAGGACAAAGACAGAGAGCGAGAAAGGGAUAGAAAAGUGCGAGAGAAGAAAGUAAAGACUGGAGAUAGGUGCGAGAGAAGGGAAAGAGAAUCUCAUAGAGAUAGAGAAUCCCAUCGAGAGAAAGACAAAGAUAAGGAGAAAGAUCGCAGUAGAAGACAUCGAGAAUCAGGCCGGCACCAUCACCAUAGUCACCAUAGGCAUUAAAUUUGACCAGUAAGAUUUCCCACUGCAGAAACUAUCUUCUAACUAGUCCUCGUUUAAUAAGAGAGAGAGUCACGGUAUAAAUUGAAAAGGAAUCGAAUAUUUUAUGGCCAACGACAUCUUUAUUAUCAAAUUUUUAACCAGUGCUGGAAUCUUUAAAAUUCUAAAUAUAUAACGUAAGUAAAAGGUGCCCCAUUCUCGAGGUAAUUGUAUAUCAAACCAUAAGAUGAUACUUAUUUGUAAAUUAAUUAGUUUGUGUAGAACUUUAACAAUAAAUAAUAAUUAUAC